GGUUGGGCUGGGCUCCGCCUCCGCUGAGGUGGCUGAGGGGAGCUGGAGGAGGAGGAGGUGACCGCCGCUGCCGGAGGAUGGGGGAGGCGGUCGUGUCCGCGACGCUGGUGGGCCUCUCGCUGGUCCUCGGCGCCGUCGUUUUGUGGGGGCUGCUGUUCUUUCUUACGCGGUGGACGAAGGCCGCGCCGAGCAAGGAGGACGUGGCAAAACUGAACGGGACGCCUGAGGAUCAAAAUGUGAAUGGUGAUGCAGCCAGCAAAACAGGCCUGAAAAAGCCGAAACAACAGCGAAUUCGAAAAGAGAAGCCCCAACAGCAUACUUUCACACACCCACUUCUGGCUUCAGCCCUCAAGGGCCACAGUGGAAAUGUCACCUGCCUGGACUUCAGCAAUAAUGGGAAGUAUUUGGCAUCCUGUUCUGAUGACCGUACGGUGCGUAUCUGGAGUACCAAAGACAUUUUGGAGAGAGAGCAUCGCUGCAUGCGGGUUAAUGUGGAACUGGACCAUGCUACCCUGGUCCGCUUCUUCCCAGACUCCAGAGCUUUCAUUGUUUGGUUGGCAUAUGGAGACACCCUCAGAGUUUUUAAAAUGACAAAGAAAGAGGAUGGCACUUUUACAUACACAGCAAUCCCAGAAGAAUUUCCAAAGCAGCACAAGGCUCCUAUCAUCAAUAUUGGAGUUGCUGAUACAGGGAAGUAUAUCAUGAGUGCUUCCAGUGAUACCACCAUCCUGAUCUGGGACAUGAAGGGGGAAAUUCUGGCGAGCAUCAACACCAACCAGAUGAACAACACCUUUGCAACUGUGUCACCAUGUGGGAGGUUUGUUGGUUCAUGUGGAUUCACUCCUGAUGUAAAGGUGUGGGAAGUGUGUUUCAGCAAGAGUGGAGAGUUCCGGGAAGUGAUCAGAGCCUUUGAACUGAAGGGGCAUAAGGCUGGCGUGUAUUCCUUCGCUUUUUCCAAUGACUCUCGGCGGAUGGCAACAGUUUCAAAGGAUGGCACUUGGAAGUUCUGGGACACAGAUGUUGAGUAUAAAAAGCAACAGGAUCCUUACCUAUUGCUGACAGGCAGUUGCAAGGUAACAGAGCCCUGCCGCAUUGCUCUGGCUCCCGAUGCACGGGCAGUGGCCAUUUCCAGCAGCACCAGCAUCUUUGUUUAUAACACUCAACGAGGAGAGGAAGAAGAAUACUUUGAAGGUGCUCAUGGAGAGCACAUAACAGACUUAGCCUUUGACGUGAACAGUCGCUUCCUGGUUUCCUGUGGGGACCGAGCCAUCCGUGUCUUCCACAACACAACUGGUUAUAGGGCUGUGGUGGAAGAAAUGAAGACGCUGCUGAAAAAGGCUUCUAAUGAGUCUACUAAGCAGAGACUGCAGCAACAAAUAACAGACGCCCAGAAUGCGUUGGAUAGUAUCUAUGGCAAGAAGUGAAUUGCUCCAAAAAACAUGUUUUCUGUGCAGAUUUGGGGCUAGUUUUUUUUUAAUAUGCAGAAUGAGAACUAAUAAAACAAUUUUUGCACAGCUAUUGCUUCCUGGGAUUUCCUAAAGACUAUUAGAGCUAACAAGACGUUUGUCCUGCUGCUCUAAUUGUCAAUUAGUGCUUAGGGCUCAGUCACAUAGUGGCUUUCAUCACCCAUGCAUCUUGGACAUUCUGAGAAGACCUUAGUGUUAUUAUUUCAGAGGGCAAAAGAAGUUGAAAAGGUGUCUUCACCAAAAAUUUGAAAAUACAUAGUGAAUUCUGACAUUUUGGAAGUCUGGUAAUGCCUAACUCCUCUUACUAGGUAGGUGCAAAAUAUUGCAGCUGAGACCAUCCUGAAUUUGAAACACACUGCUUUGAGUUCAAAACAGGUGUUUAAGCUCAGACUGUUUUAUACUGAAACACAUUGAAUCCAGAUGUUUUGCAUACCACUACCUUAUCUAUGCCAUUAUCCCUUUUAAUUAGAAUUUUGUAGAAACAUAAUAGAAAAAAACCCCCUAGCUAAAUGUUAUCUGCAUUAGCUGCUUGUUGGUUCUUCACUCAGUUCAGUUUUGAGAGUUGUGAAUUCUCUGAUUCAUACUUUCCUGUAAAGGAUGGGUUUGGUUAGUGGUAUAUUUAUAGCUUCCUCAUCUUUAGAUUACAAACAAGAAUGAACAUAAAAUACAGAAAUACAGGUUGUCCUCAACUUAUGACCAGUCACUUAACAACUCUUCAAAAUUAUGAUGGGCCCAGAACGGGUUAUUUCUCACCCAUAAAGCACUUCUGGCUGUUGUAAAACGUGCUCCCCUUCACAACCAUAUGACUGCCUUCCAGGUACUUGGCAACUGCUCUCCUUUACAACUAAUUACAGCAUUCUAUGAUCAUGCGAGUGUGAUUCAUGACUUAUUUUUGCCAGUUUUGGCAAAAACUGCCUAUUUCAAUCAAUGGGUUUACACUUAUGACUGACUUGCAGUGUUAUCUUAACAACUACCAUAAACAGAUGUUGUAAAAUAGGAUCGAGUCACAUGGUUGCCCCAAAUUAUUAUGAUAACAAUUUACUAUUGGAAAUCCAACCCCAAUUAUUAAUAAUAAUUCUAUCUACACAAUGAAAUUCAA